AACAAGUCUAAGCUUUCCCAUUUCUUUUCUUCUUACUCUAGCCGUUUCCGGUAGAAUCUGACAACUGUACGGUAAGCAGCGUGCCAAUUCCCCGGCGAAAACUGGGGAUCGAGAUCGCUGCGAAUGCAGAUUUUUCUCCAUACUGUGCGAGCCACAUGCAAGUCUGGAGCCCGGUACGGGAUCAAAUAUCUCAAGUUCGUCGAUCCAAUUUCAAGAAAUCUUGUUGUUAGUUCGAGGUUAUAUUCCGAAACUCCUCAGUGGGGCUCGAAGAAGAAGCACAGAAACGUAAAGCUACAUUUUCAGCUACAGAGUAUGGCAGAUCCAAAGAUAGAAGAGGUCCUCGCGCCGCUACGAUCAAGUGUCAAGGAGCAGGGGGACCUGGUCCGUAAACUCAAGUCCGAUGGGGCGCCGGACUUUGAUGUCAAGAAGGCGGUGGCAGAGCUCAAGGCGCGUAAAAAGCUUCUUGAGGACAAGGAACUGUCUCUGAUCCCAUCAGCGACAUUUGAUCGUGCAAAAAUGGAGGAUCUUCUAAAGCGAAGGUUCUUUCUUGACCAGUCGUUUGCCAUCUACGGUGGGAUAACAGGGCAGUAUGAUUUCGGUCCAAUGGGAUGUGCCUUGAAAUCAAAUUUCCUUAGCGCCUGGAGAAGCUUCUUUGUUUUAGAGGAACAGAUGUUGGAAGUUGAUUGUUCCAUUCUAACGCCUGAACCGGUUUUAAAAGCCUCCGGGCAUGUGGACCGAUUUGCAGAUUUAAUGAUAAAGGAUGUGAAAACCGGAGAAUGCUUCCGGCUAGAUCAUUUCAUAAAAGCACAUUUGGAGAAAGUUUCGUUGGACAAGAAAACCGACGAAAGUUUGCGCGCUGAGUGCCAAGACAUUAUAAUCAAGUUGGAUGGUAUGAGUAAGCAAGAGCUAGCUGCAGUUGUAUCAAGAUUCAAUAUGAAAUCACCGAUAACUGGCAAUGAUCUAACGGAACCUAUUGAGUUCAAUUUGAUGUUUGCCACGCAGAUUGGCCCAUCCGGAUUGAUCAAGGGGUUCUUGAGGCCAGAAACUGCUCAAGGAAUUUUUGUGAACUUUAAAAGGCUGUUGGAAUUCAAUUCAGGCAAGCUUCCCUUCGCUGCUGCACAGAUCGGUAAUGCUUUCAGAAAUGAAAUAUCACCCAGAUCCGGACUCAUCCGUGUCAGAGAAUUCACAAUGGCUGAGAUUGAACAUUUUUGCGAUCCCAGCGAUAAAAAUCAUCCGAAAUUCGAGUCUGUGAAGCACACUAAAAUGCUUCUCUACUCUGCAUGUAGCCAGAUGGAUGGGAAAAGUGCAGAAUACAUGGAAAUUGGAGAGGCUGUAAAGACAGGGCUGGUAGACAAUGAAACUCUAGGAUACUUCAUGGCUAGAAUCCAGCAGUUCUUACUCAAAGUUGGAAUAGAUCCUGCUAAGCUACGCUUUCGGCAGCACAUGGGCAACGAAAUGGCGCAUUAUGCUUGCGAUUGCUGGGACGCUGAAUGCUUAACGUCCUACGGCUGGAUAGAGUGUGUUGGAUGUGCAGACAGGUCGGCGUACGAUCUUACUCAGCACACCAAGGCGACAGGGGUCAGAUUGAUCGCUGAAAAGAAGCUAGCUGAGCCAAAAGUCGUCGAUGUUGUCGAAGCAUUCCCCAACAAGGGUGUCCUAGGUAAAGCAUUUAAAAAGGAAGCCAAAGCAGUUUUGGAUGCGCUGGCUGCGUUAAACAAAAACGAAAUCGAAACGUUUGAAGGAAAAAUAAGUAAAGGCGAGGAUUAUGAUCUCCUUUUGCCUGAUGGAAUAUCAGUCAAAAUCACAAAGGACAUGGCCUCGAUAAAACGUUACCAAAAAACCUUACAUGUUGAGGAAAUCACACCAUCUGUCGUUGAACCCUCAUUUGGUGUUGGUAGAGUCAUGUACUCUCUCUUCGAACACAAUUUCCGAAUGAGAGAGGGCGACGAGCAAAGGACAUACUUGAGUUUGCCUCCAGCAGUGUCACCCCUGAAAUGUUCUGUCUUGCCACUCAGUGGUAAUGCAGAAUUUACACCAUUUGUCAAGAAACUCUCACAAGAUUUGACUGCAUUCGACAUAUCCCACAGAGUAGAUGACUCUUCAGGCAGUAUCGGUAGAAGAUAUGCUCGUACAGAUGAAAUCGCCAUACCGUUUGGCAUUACAAUAGACUUUGAUUCUCUGAAGACUCCACAUACAGCAACCCUCAGAGAACGGGAUAGUAUGGAUCAAGUCAGAAUAAACUUGGAUGAGCUCCCAACCGUGGUGAAAGACUUGUCUCUAUGUAAAAUAACAUGGGCUGAAGUAGCGCAAAAGUAUCCUAAGUUUGAACAACAAGAAAAUGCAAAAGCAUAGGAAUCAGAAUAAUAUUUAAAGUAAAUUAGGCUUUGCAUUUUUUUCUUAAGGGAAGCAUGAGAAUAGAAACAAAAUUUUACCCUUGAUAAUUGACCUCAACUGUUUUUUGGCAUAAUAUGUCAUUUUUAAAAUGCCUCGCUAAAAAUUUCAUGAACUCCAUAAAUUAUAUUCACCAAUAAUUGAAACAAGUGUUGUUUCUUUUUCCAUCCAAAAUAAAUUCUUAGGAACACAGUUAGUGAUUCUAAGGUGAGUAAAUGUGAAAGGUUGAUUUCGUUUGCGGCCUUUAUUUACCAAAAUUGAAGGAAAACCAGUUAAACAGAUUACAGCUGACCAGCUAAAAAUAGUACCCAGGGCACUUUAAGACAUGUAAUGGAACAAAUGGUUGUAGAAGUAAUUUAUCCCUCGUAGAAUUGAGGCAGCUUAUCACCGAGGAUGACUCGUCUUUCAAUGCCUUCUUUAGUUAUAACGCCAAGUCUUACAACUCCACCACUGCUACCGUCACGUGACAUAGCCAAUGCCAGUGCUGCAA